AUGGCAGCAGUUUUAACCAACAACGCCCCUGCCAAGCACAUUGACAAGGACGAACUACCCAAAUGGAUCAUGCCAGAACGAACGCGCAUCUUGUCGACCGUCACGACCAGUUUUUCGUCACCAACGUCCCAGACGGGUGCCGUUUUUUACUGGAUGCAACGAGACAUGCGGACGGUGGAUAAUUGGGCACUGUUGUUGGCCAAACACUAUGCGGAAACAUCUGGCUUGCCCUUGCGGGUUAUGUAUGUCAUGCCGCCGCCGCCAUCUACCGCUGCCUCUGCUUCCGGCAACCUCCCUCCCAAGGUGGACGAUUUGCCGCACUAUGAACGACACGGCAAGUUUCUGAUUGGAGGCAUGGAACAGGUUCAUAAAGAACUCGAGGAGGAAAAGGUACCCUUGCACAUUGUAGUGCCGGAAUCACGGGAUGCCGUGGGACCUGCAAUUGACAAAAUAGCCGCCGAUUACAAGGCCAAAUGCAUCGUUUGCGAUUUUUCGCCGCUCCGACAUUUUCGACAAUGGAAUGAAUUGCAGACAGUGCCACUUCUCGACAAGCGCAAGAUUCCCUUUUUCCAAGUCGAUGCACACAACGUAGUCCCCUGUUGGUUGGCCAGUCCCAAACGAGAAGUGGGCGCACGGACAUUGCGAUCCAAAAUCAAUAAACUGGUGCACGAUUUCAUGGAUGACUUUCCAGCCUUUGCGGGCAAUGAUCAUUUGUCACAAGAGCAGGUGGACAAGUUGCAGCUGGACCCAUUUGACCGCCCCGCAUACGAACGAUACUUGCAACUCGAUGAUUCCGUGCCGGAAUGUGACUGGGCCGCUGAGCCUGGUUUUAAAGGGGGUAUGAAAAAGUAUCAAUUCUUUGUCGAAAAGGGAGGCCUCAAGCAAUUUGCCGACAAGCGCAACGAUCCCACGCUCCCCAAUAUUUGCUCGGAUCUGUCUCCCUGGCUCAAUUAUGGGCAUGUGGGAUUUCAAACCAUCUUGAUGAAAGUCAAGAAAAUCAACAAGUACGCCACUGGAACGGCUUCGUUUGUCGAAGAAGGGCUCAUUCGAAAGGAACUGAGUGACAAUUACGUCUAUUACACACCCCAUGAAUACGAUUCCCUCGAUGCAGCAGCGGGUUGGGCCAAGGAAACGUUGGAAACUCAUACCGCCGAUGAGCGAGAGUACCUUUAUACGUUGCAAGAAUUUGAAGAGGGCCGCACCCAUGAUGCUCUGUGGAAUGCGGCGCAGUUGCAGGUUGUCCGGGAAGGACGAAUGCACGGGUUCAUGAGGAUGUACUGGGCCAAAAAGAUUCUAGAAUGGACCGAAACACCGGAAAUUGCACUUCGAACCGCACAGUAUUUCAACGACAAGUAUGCCUUGGAUGGACGAGAUCCUAAUGGGUUUGUGGGAGUCUCCUGGUCCAUCUUUGGCCUUCACGACCAGGGCUGGAAAGAGCGUGAAGUGUUUGGCAAAAUUCGGUUCAUGAACUUUAAUGGGUGUAAACGCAAGUUCAAAGUCGACACGUUUAUUGGGAUGUACAAGGGAGCCGCCAAGAAUGCUCUGGAGGCCGAGAAGACGCACGGCAAAGCCGAGGAACCAGCCAAAAAGAAAGCCAAGGCUCCAGCCAACAAGAAAGCCAAGGAACCAGCCAAUAAGAAGCGCAAGACGAGAGCAUGA